AUGGCCGCUCGGGUGGCCGCUCUCCUCCUCGUCCUGGCGGCAUCGCAUCCUCGCCCGUCCGCGCCGCUGACGAUCCGCGCCAUCCGCCACGCGCCGCGCGUCCCGACGAUCCACCUCGCGGCGCCAGGCGUUGGUCGCGCGGGCGACGGCGGCGAGGACGAGCUCUGGCCACCGCCUUCGCUGCGCGGUCCCGCGGGGCCCUCCGAGAGGGCAGCAAUGCCGCUGUCGUCGUCGACGCCGCGACGAGGUGCGGCUGGCGAGCCUGCGGCGGCCGCCGCUGCGGGCGACGAGGCGGUGGGUGCCUCGGAGGAAGACGCGCAGGAGGCGGCGUCGCUGAUGGCAAGGGCUAAGGCGGAGGCGGAAGCGGCGGCGGCGGCGGAGGCGGCGGCGGCUGCCGCGGCGGCGAAGGCGGCGGCGGCGGCGGCGGCGGCGGACGGGGCGGCCGAGGCGGCGGUCGACGACCUAGUUGCGGUCGUGUCUGAGGCUGCGGCCGGCGCAGGCGCGGCUUGCGCUGCGCCCCUGUCGGCGGCGGAGGAGGCGGCGGAGGUGGCGGCGGCGGCGGCGGCCGUGCGGCGCGCAGAGGCGGCCUCGGCACAGUGGGCGGCCCAGGCGGGCGCGUCGGCGGCGUCGGGCGGUCGGCAGGGCGGCGGCGGCGCGGGCGGCGGCGGGUCGGGCUACUUGCUGCGCGACGAGUCGGAGGACGAGCGCGCGGCGGCGGCGGCGGAGGCGGGCGCGGCGGCGGCGGCGGCGUCGGGCAGCCGCGGGUGGAGCCUGUCGGACCGGUCUCCGUACGAGGCGAUGUGGGAGCGGCUCGACUGCGGCUUGCAGGCGGGCGCCGCCGACGUGCUCGGCCGCGCGUGGCUUCCCGGCGCAGCGAUCAGCUGCACCGCGACGACGCAGCCGGCCGACGACGUCGCGUGCGUCUACUGGUCCCUCCGCUUCACCCUCGCGGCGCUGCCGUGGCGGCCGAGCGUCUGUUGGACGGGCAUGCCUCGGCCGCGAUACUGCGGCAAGAGGACUUUUGGGACUCGGCGGCCCAUCGACCCGAUCGCCGCGGCGGCGGACGUCGCGCUCCAGCUCGCGCCCAGCUGGCCAUGGAAGCGGCGCACGCCGUCCGAGGCGGGGUUGCCGUUCGAGGUGCUGCGCCGCGCGAGAGGGUACGAGGUGCGGCGCUACCCGCCCUUCUGCACCGCCUCGACCGCGUACGAGCUCCACCCCGCCGGCCUCGCCGUCCUGGCGCGCUACGCGUCCGGCCGCAACGUUGCGUCGGCCCCAAUCAACUGCACGCUGCCGCUGCUGCUCAAGCUGCCCGCCGGCGGCGAGGGCGGCGGCGUCUACCUCUCGCCGGGGGACAUUGCACCGAGAUUAUCAGGCGCAGCCACCGGGAUCUGGCUGCCUCGCGACGCCGUCGAGGCGGAGCUGGCGGCGCCGAGCGCUGCGAGGCCAAAAGCGAUGGCCGCCGUCCUCGGCGGCGACGCCAGCCCGCUCGGCGCGAUGGCGGGCACGGCGUACGCCCCUCCCUCUGGCGGGUGGGCUGCGGCGACGCCCGACGCGACAAGCGGCGGCGGGCCCGCUGCCGGCGACACCGGUAGCCUUGUCGACGACCCUUCUUGCUUUCCGCCGCCGCUGCCGCUCGACGGAAUAACCAUAGCGAAGUUCCCGUCAUUCGUCGUCGCCGUGGCGCCCGUCGAUGGCGAUUGGGCGGAGGAGCGCGCCGUCGAGCGCGCGGCAGAGCUCGCGGCGCUCGCGGCUCGCGACGGGCUUGGCGUCGCCGACGAGCCGCCCCUACUCGCUCAGCACAGGCUGGGCAUGGCCGGCGAGCGGCCGAACGAGGUAUGGGUCGUUCUGUCCGACCACCCGUUCGACGUCGAGCCGCUCGACGAGCUGAUCGAGCCGCCGGAGCCCCAGCCGGAGCCGGCCGAAGAUCCUUUCUACGAGGACAUUUUUAGAGUUUACUGAAGCCGGUAAAGCCGGCUUCUGGUACUGUCAGUGACUGUGUGAGUGAGAAGUGACGAUUUUGUCUUCACUUGUGUGCUUGCUGCUUAAGAGAACUCACUC